GUGAAUUUCCACCCCCUCCUCCAGCCUCCCAACUGACUUUAAGCCAAAAUGCAUGAAGGGAACCGGAGGUUUCUACCCCAGCAGAACCUCUGGUUGUAGCUAAGCUGGGGGGAGAAGAUGUGGAAUUUUUAGUUGAUACAGGUGCUGCAUAUUCCGUGUUAAACACCCUGGAAGGGAAACUGAGUCAAGAUACUGUAACUGUGGUUGGUGCCACAGGGGUAAGUGAAAUCAGGCCUUUCUUCAAACCCUUGAAAUUUAAAUUAGGGAAACACUGGGUAACUCAUCAAUUCCUCUAUAUGCCAAAUUCUCCUAUACCUUUAUUGGGUAGAGAUUUAUUAGAAAAACUGGAAGCUGAAAUUAAAUUCUGUAAGGGGGGGGGAAUAAAAGUUAUCAUCCCUGACACUAAAUAUAUCGAGGCAGCCACCUUCUUCAUACAGGAGAACCACGGAGAGAUCCCCGCAGAGGUUGAGAGUGCUGUGAUCCCUUUAGUGUGGGCUAGCGAAUAUCCUGGGAGGUCCAAGCGAGCAGAACCCGUAAGCAUCACGCUCAAGCCAGGAGCAACACCGGUAAGGCAAAAACAAUACCCCUUGAAGCUAGAAAGUCGUCAAGGUUUAGCACCCAUAAUUGAAAAGUUCCUUAAAUUUGGCCUAUUGGUAGAAUGUGAAUCUAAAUAUAACACCCCCAUCCUUCCAGUGAAGAAAGCUGAUGGUAAAAGCUAUCGAUUGGUCCAAGAUCUGAGGGCAAUCAAUAAAAUAACAGAGGAUAUAUAUCCGGUAGUAGCGAACCCCUAUACCUUGUUAACCACAUUAACAGAGGAAUUAGGGUGGUUUACAGUGCUUGAUCUAAAAGAUGCCUUUUUCUGCAUUCCUGUGCACAAGGACAGCCAAGAGCUUUUUGCUUUUGAAUGGGAAAAUCCUGAGACAGGGAGAAGAACUCAACUUACAUGGACUGUCUUACCGCAAGGCUAUAAGAACAGCCCGACGAUAUUUGGAAACCAGCUGGCAAAAGAACUAGAAGACUGGAGAAGGCAGCAGCCAGAAGGACUUGUCCUACAGUAUGUAGACGACAUACUAAUUGCUGCUAAAAGUCGGGAACAAUGCAUCGAGCUCACUGUAAGUCUUUUAAACUUUUUGGGACUAAGUGGAUAUAGAGUCUCAAAAGAGAAAGCACAAAUUGCAAAGGAAAUAGUCAUUUACCUGGGGCUUGAAAUCUAUCGUGGACACCGACGGCUCAGCACAGAUCGGAAAGAAGCCAUCUGCCGUCUCCCAGAGCCCCACACUGUACGAGAAAUGCAGGCUUUUCUAGGAAUGGUGGGGUGGUGUCGCUUGUGGAUAGCUGACUAUGGGUUAUUAGUUAAACCCCUAUAUGAAGCACUGAAAACAGCCAAGAAAGGAGUUAUAACAUGGACAGAUGAGAUCAGAGCUGCAUUUAAACAACUGAAACAGUCCUUAAUGUCAGCUCCAGCACUAGGACUACCAGACCUAACCAAACCCUUUGAACUGUUUACAUAUGAGCAACUAAAUGUUGCCCUGGGGGUACUGUCACAGACCCUGGGAGACCAGCGAAGGGCUGUGGCCUAUUUCUCCAAACAACUAGACAAUGUCAGCCAAGGAUGGCCAGGGUGUUUGAGGGCUGUGGCAGCAACUGUUAUCUUGAUCCAAGAGGCCCGGAAACUCACCCUGGGACAGCGCAUUGUCGUGUAUGUACCCCAUGCAGUCCAAGCUGUACUUGAGCAAAAAGGGGGCCACUGGCUGUCCCCUAGUAGAAUGCUUAAGUAUCAAGCUGUGUUGUUAGAACAAGAUGAUAUUACCCUGAAAACAACAUCUGUUGUAAAUCCUGCUAUGUUUCUGUCCACAACAUUAACUGACAGUAUGCCUGAGCAUGACUGUUUACAGACCAUCGAGGAAACUUAUUCCAGCAGACCGGACCUGAAGGAUGAGCCUCUGGAAAACCCAGACUGGGAACUGUACACGGACGGAAGCAGUUUCAUGCGAGAUGGAAAGCGGAUGACAGGGUAUGCAGUGACAACCAGGGACGAGGUAAUCGAGGCAAAGGCCUUGCCUGCUGAUGUAUCAUCCCAGAAAGCAGAACUCAUUGCAUUGACAAGAGCUCUAGAGCUGAGCGAAGGUAAGAAAGUGAAUAUCUGGACAGAUUCUAAGUAUGCAUUCAGUGUGGUACAUGCCCAUGGAGCCAUCUGGAAAGAGAGAGGGCUACUAACUGCACAAGGCAGUGGAAUUAAACAUGCUGAUCAAAUCCAUGCACUCCUUCAAAGUAUCUGGAAGCCAGAAAAGGUAUCUAUUAUGCAUUGCAGAGCUCAUCAGAGAGGGAAAACAAUUCCUGAAUUGGGAAAUCAUUUUGCUGACCAGGCUGCAAAAAGGGCUGCAGAAAAAGGCAUUCUAGCAGUAGUUCCACAGAAAGAAAUCGAUUUGACAGGGUACACCCCAAAAUAUGAUGAAAAGGACCACCAAUUAAUUAAAUCGCUUAAAGCUGAAAUCAAAGAAAGUGGGUGGGCUGUUACACCAACAGGACAGGUUGUGGUCACACCCCCACUCCUAAGGGAAAUAGCUCUGCGGGAACAUGAGGCUACCCACUGGGGAAUAGAAAACCUUCUAAAACACCUAAAGAAAGUAGUGAUAGGGACAGGUAUGACUGAAGUCGUACAAUCCAUAGUAACUAAAUGUGAAAUCUGCCAGCAAAACAACCCAGAUACAACCAAGAGGGUGGUACUAGGAGUAACAAAGGCUGGAAACCUUCCUGGAGAUUACUGGCAAAUAGAUUUUGCUGAGUUACCACCGAGAGAGGGAUAUAAAUACAUACUAGUGCUGGUUGACACUUUUAGUGGAUGGCCUGAAGCUUACCCGUGUCGCACUAACACAGCAAGAGAAGUGGUAAAAGCUUUGCUUAAUCACAUAAUUCCAAGAUUUGGGGUUCCUCUGGGAAUGUCAUCAGAUAGAGGGACACAUUUCAUUGCAGUGAUAGUGAAAGAGGUGUGUCGCGUCCUAGGAAUUGUUUGGGACCUACACACUCCCUAUAGACCUCAGGCAAGUGGCAAAGUGGAACGCAUGAAUGGCACUCUUAAAAUGCAAAUUGGCAAAAUUUGUCAGGAAACAUCCAUGUCAUGGGUUCAGGCUUUGCCUCUGGCUCUGCUGAGGAUUCGUAUCCAGCCAAGGCGGAGGGAUAACAUAAGUCCUUAUGAAAUAUUGUAUGGAAGACCAUACCAAGCUCCACACAUUCCAGGGGACAUUCACAUGAGAGGGAAAGUUGAUUUACAAAAGUAUUUAAUUGCUUUAGGCUCUACUUUACAGAAGCUCCAGAAAUUUGUCGAGCUUUCAAGGCCCAUUGGAUUGGACACCCCUGCUCAUCAAUUCCAACCAGGAGACUGGGUCUACAUCAAAUGGUGGGACAGUGAUCCGCUGCAAGCCAAGUGGAGAGGACCUUUCCAAGUCCUGCUGACUUCCCUCACUGCUGUCAAAGUUGCUGGCAAAGGACCGUGGUUUCAUUACUCCAGAGUGAAGAAAGCUUCAGUUCCUGGAACUAUCAGCAAAUCAGAACCCAACUCAGAUGAAGAGGAUGUGCCAUAAACUGUUUCUACUGUACAUGUUAUCUGUACAGUCGGUAACUAUGAAUCGAGUUUGGGAUCCAAAACUGCAUGUGGCCAUAGUCCAAAAUGUAUCCAAAAUUCUCCGCAAAGAUGACUGCUGGAUUUGCACCCAAAUACCAGCAAUCGAUGGUAAAGAUAGCAUUUGGCCUCUUAUUGGCAUUUUACUAAACGAAACAAACUUUGGUAAGUCUAUGUUAGAACUGCCAGGAACCUGGAAGCCAGUUACUGAGGCCUACUAUCCGGUAACCCUGACUCACGUAAUGUCUGACCAGGACAAUUACACUGUCCCCUGUAUGGUUGUUAAUGCUACAGGAAAAAUCAUUCUCCCUCCUUACUGUGAUAAAAAUAAAUCUACAGAAGAAAUAGGCCCAGAAGUUGUAACAAGGUUGGCACAAGUCCCCUUGAGAUUAAUCCCCCCCCAUGGUUCAGGGUGGUACUGGAUUUGUGAAAAAGAGGCUUGGAAAGUUUUGCCCCUUGAUAAAGAUCGGGCCUGUGCUCUAGGGGCUGUAAUUCCAAACAUAACAAUCUUUGACCAAAUUGAUGAAAAAGAGGAAUGGGAAAAGAGUUAUCUAAAAAGAAUGAAGAGGACAAAUAAUCCCCUUAUUGACCGUCCCACACUCUUUCACAGUAUAGUCAGAGCCAUGAUCCCAUCUCUAGGGGUGAGUGAAUUGGAAAAGGCAAUAGUUAACAUCUCAGCUGUAAUUGAAAACAUUCAAGAUCAGGCUUCAGAUGCAAUUUCAGCUUUACAAGAGGAGGUCCAUAGUCUGUCUCGUGUAGUUCUACAAAACCGACUGGCUCUUAACAUCUUGCUAGCCUCUCAAGGAGGCGUGUGUAAAGUCAUCAACACCAGUUGCUGUUCUUACAUAGACCAAAGUGGAAGAAUUAAUAACGAUUUGGCUGCAAUUCGGAAUCAAACUAAAAUUCUACAUCAGGUGUCUCUGGACAAUGUCUCACUGGGUUUGGGAGACACUCUCCACAAACUUACUUCAUGGUUACCGAACUGGACCUGGAUUAAACAACUGUUUCUAUUGGUAAUGUACAUAGUUAGUGUUUGUGUAAUAGCUUAUUGCAUGAACCAAUGUUGUAGAUGUUUCUCAUCUUUUUGGAAAGUGAUUAGAAGUAAAUAGUAGAGAUUGGACAAAAUUUUUGAGUUUUGUCCAGUCUCUAAAGGGGGGACUGAUACCUUGGAGUUUUGAUGUUUUAAUUUUUUAUUUUUGUAGACCUUAGAAGUAGUUAUGUAGUAAAUGUAGAUUUUAGAGUAGCAGCAUAUUAUCCCUUUACCCUUAACACACCAGCUCAAACCCCUGUUACCCAUUCCCAUAUCAAUUCCCUAAAUUCCAUAGCCUGUUUAGUCUCUUUUUCAAGGUAGAAUUAUAGAAGAACACCCUAACCCUACGGAACAAGAUAUAGCCAUAGACCCAACAACCUUCAGGUCUAGAAUUCUGGAAGGCCUCCAAGGACAUUACGUGCUCUGAGGAAGAUGAAGAUGAAGAAGAGGGGGUCCCAAAACGCCCCCAGACCCAAUUCUCAAGAGGCGUGGUGGGGGCAGAACCUGGGUGGUGGCUGGACUGGAUUGGGUGAAAAUCAUUAUAAAAACUGUGGACAUCUGUAUUGCGGGAGCGCGCGCUGGGGGUAUUCCAGAAAGCCUGGGGACUCAUUAAAACUUUUGUAUCCUUAUCUUAUCUCCUA